AUAAUAAACUACAAUUUGAUGCGUUUAAGUUAAGUACUAGACUGACAUAAUCUUAUAUAAACCAGCAAACGAAUUACGUUCAUGACAAGAUAUACCAAAUUUUUUUUUGAUAUUUUUGCAAAGUGUUUAAUUCUGCGGUUAUAUAAAACCAGAUCUAAUCAGACGAUUUCGCCAUACCAGCAUCGUCAGUUUCCAGUUACAGUAGUUGAAAGAACUAAUAGCUUAGUACGAUACGUAUUGACUAUACCGAAAGGAAAAAUGGAUAAACUUUUUGCAUUUUGCGUUUUGUUGAUUGGAUUUAACAUAGAAGAUACCACGGGAGCAUCAAUUUCGAUUCCAUGUGAGCCGCCAAUCAUCGAAAACGGCAUUGUGAAGACCGCAGUACCAGAGUCCGGAGUUUAUAAUGUUGGUAAAAGAAUACGUAUUAGAUGUGACAGUGGAUUUGAUAUGCAUGGUAGCAUUCCAACAUGCCAAGCUGAUGGUACAUGGAAGAUACUUCCAACCUGUGUUGAACGGGGUUCCACUAAAAUAGUUGAGAGAAGUAAUUCAAAGACGUGUCAGAAUCCAUUUGACUCCAAGAAUGGGGCUUCUCCUUCGCCGAAAAAGGAUUAUUACAAUCCCGGCGACGUUGUUACUCUGACAUGUGACGAUGGAUUCGUACCAUCAAUAAACAACUUCACAUACACGUGUGAUAAACAUGGACAAUUUCCCGGAGAUAUUGCAACAUGUAUUCCGCUAUCGUGUGGUCUCGCAAGCCUACCAGAUCAUUUGGUUAUUGAGAAUUACAAGCCAAAGUAUAUGUAUAAAGAGGUAGUAAAAUAUUCAUGCGAGUGGGGAUACAAACUCCAAUCUUCGUCAACUUCAUCGAGAUGCGAAAAAAAUGGACGGAUUUCUCCCAAACUUCCAAAAUGUAACAAAAUAUACUGUAAGAAGCCAAAAGUAGGCGAAAGAUUAAAGUUCUACCCUGUGGCUGAUGUAUACGAGCUUGCUGAGUUUGUUGCUUUUAAAUGCGGGAUUGGAUAUUUUAUGAAAGAUGAUGUCGUUGUACUGAAAUGCACCGAAUCGGGAAAAUUUUCUGGGCCAUUUCCAACCUGUUCAGGAUCAGGAACACUACCAGGCGGAGUAACGUGCGACUUUCCGAAAGCUCCGAAAAAUGGAAGAAUAGUAGAAAAUGCCGGUAUAUAUCACGAGGGGCAAACUAUACAUUAUGAAUGUAAGGAUGGAUUUGAGAUUGAAGGAGCAAAGGGCUCUAAGUGUCAACCGGAUGGGACGUUUUUGCCGAAAGUACCUGAAUGUAAAGGUAUCAAAUGCUCUCCGCCUCCAGAUGUUAUGAAUGGCUAUUACAAAAUGGAAGAUUCUGAACAUAAAUAUCAAUCUGAAGUUGAAUAUUUGUGUAAUGACGGAUAUCAGGUCGACGGGAAUAAGUUUCUUACAUGUGGAAAAAGCGGAGAAUACACCCCAUCGCCCCCUCGCUGUGAAAAAAUAACUUCAUGCUAUCCCCCAAUAAUUCCUCGUAACGGCAAGAUAGUUCCAGAUACGUCCGAAAAUCCUAUCGGGAAGGAAAUUAUUUAUCUAUGUGAGGCCGGUUAUGUGUUGGCUGGGGAUGCGGAGGCAAUUUGUUUAAAGAAUGGACAAUUUUAUCCUGAUGGACAAAAAUGUGAAGAAGAAAGUGUGUGUACUGAUCCAAUAAUUGAGAACGGUUCUACGUUCCGUGGUAGAACAGUUGGAGAUGUUGGAAAGAUCAUGUAUGCUUGUGAUAAAGGAUUCGAGUUGGCCGGGCCAAAAACAUCAACUUGCGUAAACGGAAAAUAUGAGCCAAGUCCACCCUUGUGCAUCCCCAUAAUAUGUAUUAUUCCAUCACCGCUACCAGAGCACGUAGAACUUAUAGCGGAAAAACCAGUUCUAUUUGUUGGAGAGAGAAUUCUAUUUUUAUGUCCGAAAGGUUACACGUUAAAGGGAAAACCAAGAGCAACAUGUGAAGAAAACGGACUUUUUUCAUCACUACCCGAUAAAUGUGAAGCUGAUAAACCUUCAUGCAAAGAACGAUGCAUCUUCGAGAAAGGAGCUGAAUGCCAAUGCGAUUAUUAUUGUUCGUUUUAUGGAAAUUGUUGCGAAGAUCAUAAACAACAUUGCGAAAGUUUUGAGUUGCGUUGACGAACUCUUCAUACGAAACAGAUAUCCUGAUCAAAAUCAAUCUACUUCACAUAUUUUAUUGAAAUGAUAAUACAUUUUUAUGAUCGAA